AUGCAACAAGAAGCCAGGAAACCUCAGCGGAUUUCUUCUUUCUCCAUCGCUGAUAUCCUGGAUCCCUCGAAAUUUACAGGAAGGCAUCAGGAUGCGCAGAGAGACAAACUUUCCGCCUACAAAAGCAAGAGAAGCUGCGAUGAAUUGUCUGGCGAUGAAAGUGCCGAGGUGUCAGAUGAAGUUUCAGCAGCUUCAGAAGCGAAAGAGGGCCCUCGGAUCAGCGCUAAAGCUAAAAUCAAGGGGCGGCGCAUGCGCACGGCGUUCACUCUGGACCAGCUGCACGUGCUUGAGCGCAGCUUCCAGAGCAGCCAUUAUCUGUCUGUGUUUGAGCGCCACGUCAUCGCCAAGGCUCUGGAGCUGUCCGAGACGCAGGUUAAGAUCUGGUUUCAGAACAGACGCACCAAGUGGAAGAAAGAGCAAGAGGGACGAGAGCUGGAAGAACUGUACCAGUGCGCCACGAUAGCACCAGUGGUUGUACCGACCACGCUGCCACUCGGUACCACCUCCUGUAACAGAGCGAGUCCAGCGCGUUUCUACUCUGCACGGAACCUUCUGACCACUUAUCCUGCACUUGCACUGCUCUGAGGCCAGAGUCGACUCGGUUCCUUUUUAACGACUCUGAAUUUUUUUU